UAAAAUAUUUGCGGCAUCGUUAUAACUGGCAUAUUGGUUCCGUUUUAAUACAAUUAAAACCCGAAACAGCCUUUGGGAAUGUCAAAUAAUUAUUGAUUACACGAUUGCACUGAUUACGGGGUCCCAUGGGAUCUCUUUACAGUGGUCGAUUGAAUAGUCAUUUGAUUAUAUAUCAAACUACCUCGGCUUUCACCAUUGCAACUUUUGCGGCCACUCCACAGACAUGUUCUCCGUAAACUGAGCAAAGCUGCGGAUGGGCUCAACCUAUGAGCCAAACAAACUAACCAAAUCCCACUGGGCUUACGUUGCAGAAACCAGUUUGGAAGACUUUAGUCUACCGAAUAAUUGUUUUCUAUUCGAAAUCCUGGAUGUGAAUUUUGAUUUGUUUCCCAUACUAACGUUAGUGUUCGGGGUUAGUUAUGCAGAAGACAGUGACUCUGUCAGGAUCUCAAGAUGGCAUUUUUCCAUUAACUUCUGGACUAUAUCGCUUCAUUUUUUGCCAUGAAUAGCAGCAGUACUUGCACCGAUGGCCCCUGUAUACGAAGGUAUGGCCUCGCAAGUGCAGGUGUUUUCGCCGCAGCAGGCUCUGGCGUCCAGUGCCUUCUUUAGCGUGAAGAAGCUCAAGGUGGAGCCGGCGGCGGUGGCGGUGGCCGGGGCGGGGAUGGGGGUGCUGGGGGGAGGAGGGCUAGGAGGUGGUGGCUGUGGCUGGGACAUGACGGGCUAUGGCUCGCACCAUGCCCACCCGCACGCCCACCCCCACCCCCACACACACCCGCACGCCCAUCUGCCUCCACAUCCACACCCACACCCACACCAGCAGUCCAGCAAGAGCGGCAGCAGUGGCAGUGGCAGUGGCGGCCCGUGUGCCUCGCUCCCCUGCGCCGCUCCGCCGGUGGGCCUCAAGGCCACGCUUCCCUACGAGCAGGCGCUCCUCUUUCCUGCCGCCGCCACCACCGCGGCCACCGGGCACAUCCUGGUGGCCUCCGCUUCCGGAUCGUUCUCAUCCAUGGCCGGGCCUCUGCUCGGUGGAGGAGGAGGAGGAGGAGGUGGUGGUGUAGGGAGUGGCAGUGGGAGUGUCGGAGCUGGUGGGGGUGGUGGUGGCAGCGCCAGUAGCAACGGAGGACUAGGAGCAGGUCACAACCUGACGCGGCGCAGCACGGUCAGCCUGCUGGACACGUACCAGCGGUGCGGCCUGAAGCGCAAGAGCGAGGAGCUGGAGCAGCAGCCUCUUCCUCAGCACCACCACCACCACCAUCAUCAUCAUCAUCCUCAACACCAUCAGGCCCAUCAGCAGCAGCAGACACAGCAGCAGCAGCAGCACAACCUCAAUCACAACCUCAAUCACAACCAGAACCAUAACAACCCCUCCACAGCCCAGACCAUGGAGGAGCACACCACCAUGAACCAUAGCGGACCCACCAGCAGCGGAGGAGGGGGAGGAGGAGGAGGAGGAGGAGGAGGAGGAGGAGGAGGUGAGGUUACUGUUGUGCCAAUUCACAAUAUUGACAUUGCCUUUUCGGGUGGAGGAGGAGGAACAGGGGGAACAGGAGGAGGAGCAGGAGGAGGAGGAGGCCUUGGAGUGGCAGCAUCAUCAGGGCAGCAGGCCGCAGCUUUACCCGUAUCCACCACCACCAACGGCACCGGAACCGGAACCGGAACCGGAGCUGGAGCAGGAGGAACAGCGGCGACAACCAACACCAACACCACCGCCACGGCUACCGCCACAGCUACAGCUACGGCCACAGCCACGGCCACAGCGGCGUCCACCGCCACCUCCAAGAACAGCGGCGGCAACAGCGAGGGCGACUACCAGCUGGUGCAGCACGAGAUGCUGUGCUCCAUGACCAACACCUACGAGGUGCUGGAGUUCCUGGGCAGGGGCACCUUCGGGCAGGUGGUCAAGUGCUGGAAGAGGGGCACCAGCGAGAUCGUGGCCAUCAAGAUCCUGAAGAACCACCCGUCUUACGCUCGCCAGGGCCAGAUCGAGGUCAGCAUCUUGGCGCGGCUCAGCACGGAGAGUGCGGACGACUUCAACUUUGUGCGGGCCUACGAGUGCUUCCAGCACAAGAGCCACACGUGCCUGGUGUUCGAGAUGCUGGAACAGAACCUGUACGACUUCCUGAAGCAGAACAAGUUCAGCCCGCUGCCCCUCAGACACAUACGGCCCGUGCUGCAGCAGGUGGGCACCGCACUGAUGAAGCUGAAGAGCCUGGGCCUGAUCCACGCCGACCUGAAGCCCGAGAACAUCAUGCUGGUGGACCCGGCGCGCCAGCCCUACCGCGUCAAGGUCAUCGACUUCGGCUCGGCCAGCCACGUCUCCAAGGCAGUCUGCUCCACAUACCUGCAGUCGCGCUACUACAGGGCUCCUGAGAUCAUAUUGGGUCUGCCGUUCUGUGAGGCGAUUGACAUGUGGUCUCUGGGCUGCGUGAUCGCUGAGCUCUUUCUGGGAUGGCCUCUCUACCCCGGCGCCUCAGAAUACGACCAGAUCCGCUACAUCUCCCAGACGCAGGGUCUCCCUGCGGAGUAUCUGCUGAGCGCAGGCACCAAGACCACUCGCUUCUUUAACAGAGACCAGGACUCAUCAUACCCCCUCUGGAGACUCAAGACUCCAGAGGACCAUGAGGGGGAGACGGGCAUCAAGUCCAAGGAGGCCAGGAAGUACAUCUUCAACUGCCUGGACGACAUGGCUCAGGUGAACAUGACCUCUGACCUGGAGGGCAGUGACAUGCUGGCGGAGAAGUCGGAUCGGCGGGAGUUCAUCGAGCUGCUGACCAAGAUGCUGACCAUCGACGCGGACAAGCGCAUCACGCCCAUCGAGACCCUCAACCACCCCUUCGUCACCAUGACGCACCUCCUCGACUUCCCGCACUGCACACAUGUGAAGUCCUGUUUCCAGAGCAUGGAGAUCUGUAAGCGUCGUGUGAACAUGUACGACACGGUCAACCAGAGCAAGACCCCCUUCAUCCCCCACGUAGCCCCCAGCACCUCCACUAACCUCACCAUGACCUUCAACAGCCAGCCGGCGCCCCCUCCUCUGGCCGCGGUGGCCCCGCGCAGCAUGCCCCUGCAGCCAGCCGGACCCCCCCAGCUCUGCCCCGCACGACCAGACCCCUUCCAGCAGGCACUCAUCGUAUGCCCUCCUGGCUUCCAGGGCUUGCAAGCCUCCCCGUCCAAACACACCGGCUACUCAGUGCGAAUGGAGAACGCUGUUCCUAUUGUAACACAAGCACCUGGAGCACAGCCCCUGCAGAUCCAACCUGGCCUUCUCACACAGCAGGCGUGGCCCUCCGGUACCCAGCAGAUCCUGCUUCCCCCCGCCUGGCAGCAGCUCACACACACCUCCGUACAGCACGCAGCAGUCAUCUCCGACUCCAUGACCGCCUCCCAGCCACUCACCACCUGGAGAAACUCCCACCCGCAUGGCACCCAUUACAAUCCCAUCAUGCAGCAGCCGGCGCUCCUGACGGGUCACGUGACUCUGCCUACCCAGCAGCCCCUGAAUGUGGGCGUGGCCCACAUGAUGAGGCAGCCCUCCUCCUCCAGCAGCUCCUCCUCCAAGAAGAGCAAGCAGCACCAGGUGUCCAGCAGAAAUGUCUCAGCGUAUGAGGUGUCCUCCUCGUCCCAGUCAGUCCUGUCUCCUCAGCGCUCCAAGCGGGUCAAGGAGAACACUCCCCCCCGUGGCAGUGUGGUGACCAACGGCCUGUCCUCCUCCUCCACCUCCUCUUCCUCCUCCUCCUCGGCCUGCGUACCCAGCCAGAGCUACAGCACAGGAGGAGGAGGCUCCUGGGGAGGAGGUGGAGAGGGGGGAGAGCAGGCUUCCAGCACCACACGUGACCCACCCCAUCAUCACGGCCAUGGCCACGGCCAGCGGCAGACCAUCGUCAUCGCCGACACCCCCAGCCCCGCGGUCAGCGUCAUCACCAUCAGCAGCGACACGGACGAGGAGGAGCAGCCCCGGCACGCCCACCGCAGCUCCUCCAAGCACCGCAAAAACGUCAUCAGCUGCGUGACGGUGCACGACUCGCCCGAGUCCGACUGCAGCGCCGCAAGCCCCUACGCCGUGGAGUCGUGCACCGACAAUGUCGCCCUCGCCAACGGGUACGACACCAAGUACAGCGGGCAGCUGGAUAACUACGGUGGUGGAGGAGGAGGAGGAGGAGGUGGAGGAGGAGGCAACAAUAACAACAAUGGCAACCCCCGCACCAUCAUCAUACCCCCCCUGAAGAACCACGGCAAUGACACCCUGGGGGACUGCGAACGACUGGCCACAGACGCGGUGAACCACCAGAACUCAGCCUACAAAUAUAAGUCAUCCAAUGGCAACGUGUCAGUGAAUAGCCACACCUCCGGGAUAACAAUGGGCGGCGUUUAUCGUCACCAGCGUUCUGGGACACACCCCUUUCAGCAGCAGCCAUUGAAUCUCAGUCAGGCUCAGCAGCACAUGGCUGUGGAGCGUGGCGGUGGCCACCGGCGGCAGCAGGCCUACAUCACCCCCACCAUGGCGGCCCAGGCCCCCUACUCCUUCCACCACCACAGCAGCCCCUCGCACACGCACACACACGCGCACGCAGCCGCCGUGCCCCCGCACCUGACCGCGGCCCCCCACCACCUGGCCGGCCAGCCCCACCUCUACACCUACACGGCACCGGCCGCGCUGGGCUCCAGCGGCGCCAUGGCCCACCUGGUGGCCUCGCAGGGCCCCGGGGCGCGGCACACGGUUCACCCGGCGCACGCCGGCUACGGACCGGGUCUGGUGCACCAGGUGCCGGUGAGCGUGGCCCACCACCACCACCGCGUGCUGCCCUCGCCCACGCUGCACGCCGCCCAGUACCAGGCCCAGUUCACCCACCACACCUACAUCAGCGCCUCGCCCAUCUCCUCCGUCUACACUGGAUACCCGCUCAGCCCCACCAAGGUCAAUCAGUACCCGUACCUCUAGGGGGCGCCUGUAUACCCCCCCGGCCCCCGCCUUCCGACUCUCCACUGACAGCCCUCCAGCCCUCUUGGCUCUCCAGCCUGGCACCAACCCCUUCCGCCUUGCUUGCCCACCCACCCACAUCCAAACACUGGAGCCACUGCCCUCACCUCACCUCCCCUGACCUUCAACCCCUCCUCCCCACC